AUGGCUGACGAACGACCCACCGGCCUGAAGGCGAACAAGGGCAUCGAGCUGCUCACUUGGGGCACGCCCAAUGGCUGGAAGGCAUCCAUCCUCCUCGAGGAGCUCAAGGAGGCAUACGGCAAGGACUACACGUGGCAGGGUAUCAACAUUAGCCAGAACAUCCAGAAGGAGGAGUGGUUCACCAAGCUGGGACCAAAUGGCCGUAUUCCGGUCAUCGUAGACCACGACAAGGGUGGCUUUGCGGUCCAGGAAGGUCUUGCUAUCCUGACCUAUCUUACACGUCACUACGACCCUGAGCACAAGUUCAGCUUCGACGACGACCUCGAUGUCUCACGCGCCGAACAAUGGAUGGCAUGGCAACAUGGCGGCCUUGGCCCAAUGCAGGGACAGGCCAACCACUUCAACCGCUUCGCAAAGGAGCGCAUCGCAUACGGCAUGCAGAGGUACACAGGAGAAACCGAGCGUCUUGUAGGAAUUUUGGACAAGCAGCUCAAGGACAACGAUUACCUCGUUGGCAACAAGUACAGCAUUGCGGAUGUUGCCAACUUCGGUUGGAUUCACAUGCUCCGAUUCUCCGGUGUCGAGCUCGACUCGUUCCCCAACCUGAAGGCUUGGUGGGAGCGUGUCCUAGCCCGCCCGGCUGUGCAGCGAGGUCUGAGCAUCCCGUCAAAGUCUGGCUUCGGUAAUGACACCUAUCUGCAGAAGCUGAAGGAUGACUCGGAGUUUGCGCAGAAGGAACAUGAACUCAGGGAGAAGGUCAACGCUGCCAAGGAGCAAUACGGAUAUAAGUACUCAUCUCCUUAA